AUGUUGCGAAAUAUUUGGUGUAACAGCCAACAGCGUAGUCAGAACUUGCAUGAGAAAGCCAGGCAAAGACCGCUUACUGCCCAGUUCUUUGCAAGUGUGCGUUAUUGGCCCCAUCUGGCCACAAGCAAGCCGCCCCGGCCACAGGUGGCUACCGAAGGUGGAAUUUUUCAUGCUUUCAAUGAGCUUCUUGCCCACAGUUGUGAGCUCUGA